AUGUCGGACGCCGGAUGGGUCGUGGGUGGUGCUGAAUGGAUCAUUACACGUCCCAGCUGCUGUCCGGCCACGGGGAUUUCAAAUCAAAAACUCCACGACUUUAACCUUGUAGGUGAUGCAGCUUGCGCAUGCGGUUUCCCCAGCGGAACUGCGGAGCAUCUGCUUAUGGAUUGCUCACUUGCAGGCCAGGAAAGAGAAAACUCAAACUACACCGUGCGAGCGGCCGUGCGGACUGGCCGUGUGAGUUAG